AUGGACUUUCUACCACUGCUGCAUCUUCUUCUCAGCAUCAUCACUUGCUUUGCUUCUUUUGGGCAGCCACUUUGCCAUAAUGAUGACAGCGUUGCCUUGUUGGAGUUCAAGAACAGCUUUAAUUUAGACAAGUUUGCUUCUACAAAUCAUUUCGCAUAUCCCAAAGUUUCAUCCUGGAGAGUAGAAGAGAACAGAGAUUGCUGCUCAUGGGAUGGUGUGGAGUGCAAUACUGACACAGGUCGUGUCGUUGCUCUAGACCUUACCAGCAGUUUCCUUCACGGUUCUAUUAACUCCACCAGCAGUCUUUUCAAGCUUUCCAACUUCAAAGGCUUAACCUUGCUGAUAAUGAUUUCAACUUCUCUCAUAUCCCUUUUAAAAUGGGUCAUCUUUCAAGGUUUUUCUGGAAAAAUACCCUCUUCCAUUGAAAACCUUCAUUUCCUGCAUCAGUUAGAUUUCGGAGCAUGUAGGCUUUCAGGGUUGGUUCCGUCUUCGCUUGGUAAACUAACCAAGCUUACUUCUUUGGAACUUUCAGGAAAUAAUUUUGAGGGAAAUCAAUUCCCUUCUUUUCUUCAAAACCUCACCCAGCUCACCAAGUUAUGGCUAAAAGAAUGUCAGUUAAUUGGUAAAAUUCCAGCUUGGCUUGGAAACCUAACCCAAUUAACAGAUGUUGGACUUCAUGUAAAUAAUAUGCAUGGUCACAUCCCAUCAUCUCUUGGUAAACUAACUAGGCUUACCAAUUUGAACCUUGUAGAAAACAAUUUUGAGGGUCAAAUCCCUUCUUUUCUUCAAAACCUCACCCAACUCACUGUGUUAUGGCUUGGUGACAAUCAAUUCAACCGUGAAAUUCCAUCUUGGUUUGAAACUUUUACCCAUUUAACUCAGUUAAAUCUUGGAAUGAAUAAGUUCCAUGGUCUUAUCCCAUCUUCCCUUGGUAGACUAACUAGCCUCAUUGAGUUGGACCUUCAACAAAACAAGUUUGUGGGUCAAAUCCCUUCCUUUCUUCGGAACCUCACAAACCUUAUAUACCUUUCUCUUCAAGACAAUGAAUUGAGCGGCUCACUGUACUUUGACAUGUUUUGUGGCUUGAAAAAUCCGAGUUCCCUUAAAUUGCUUGAUUUUUCUAAUAACCAUUUGACUGGCAUGCUUCCACAAUGUUUUGAAAAUCUCAACAAUAGUCCUUUGAUGUUCUUGAAGAUGAGUAACAACCGUUUUCAUGGUAACAUUCCCCAUAUAUGUGCACAUGGAAGUAAUUUGAGAAUGAUUGAUCUAAGCCACAAUCAGUUCCAAGGACCUUUACCGCACAUGUUGGCCAAUUGUCUGAUGCUUGAAGUUCUCAAUCUCGGGAAUAAUCGAUUCGAUGAUGUUUUCCCUUCAUGGUUAGGCACUCUUCCAAACUUAAGGCUACUUAUACUGCGAUCCAACAACCUUCAUGGAGUGAUAAGGAAGCAUAGCAAUUAUGGGUCUUCUAGUCUGCAUGUUUUUGAUCUCUCCAAUAAUAGUUUAACAGGUAAAUUGCCAUCUGAAUUCUUCAAAAAUUUGAAGGCCAUGAGAUUUAGAGAUGCUGCCAAUUCAUCGUAUCUUGUGGCAAACUUGGAUUAUUUUUCGGAGGCUAUUUCAUGGAACAGGGACAUUGCUUUCUCAAUAACUAUAACAAACAAAGGCAGGGUUAUGCAGUAUGAAAAGAUUCAAGAAAUUUUUGUUGUCAUUGACCUUUCAAGUAACAGAUUUGAAGGAUCAAUUCCAGAGAGUUUGGGGAUCUUACAAGGGCUUCAUGUCGCUCAUAACCAUCUCACUGGCCCUAUACCCCAGCUGAACCAGCUUAACACAUUCGAUGUAAGUUCGUAUGAGGGGAACAUUGGACUAUGCGGAAUUCCAUUGCCAAAAAAGUGUGGAAGUUCAAUACCACCUUCUCGUUUUGAAGAUGAACAAGAUUUAGGGUCCGCAUUGGUGUUUGAGUGGAUCACAAUCCUACCAGGAUAUGUUAGUGGACUAGUAAUUGGAGUGGUUAUUGGGCAGAUAUAUGCAACCAAGAAGCAUGACUGGUGGUUGACUUCAUUCGUGAAAAAGAAUGUGGAUUAUGAUCUGCUGAACAAGUUGAAGUUCAAGUUAUCGUCCCUUGAUAAAGUGUUGGAUGAUGCUGAGAAGAAGCAACUCUCUGACCCAGCUGUGAGGAAAUGGCUGAAUGAGCUCAAAUACACAUACUACAAUACAGAGGACUUGGUGUAUGAGAUCAACACCGAAGCUUUACGAUGCGAGAUCAAUGGUAAACCUCCUCAUCUAUUCAGCUUCUUAUCUACUAGAUCUUAUGCUAAAUCUAAUGCUAAGCAAAUAAACCAAAGGAUAGCCAAGAUCCUUGGCACACUUGAAUCUAUUGUGCAAGAAAAGGAUCAAAUUGGUUUGAACGCAGGUGUUGAAAAUAAAUCUUCACCUAGACCAAUAAUAGCACCAUCUUUGGAAGAUGAAUCUAAUAUUUAUGGUAGGGAUGCUGAUAAAGAGGCCAUUUUUAAGUUGCUGCUAUCGGAUAAUAAAGAUUCAGAUACUUGUAAUAAAAUAUCUGUAAUUCCUAUUGUAGGCAUGGGUGGGUUGGGCAAGACCACCCUUGCUAGGCUCGCUUACAAUGAUGUCCAAGUAAACAACUUAUUUGACAUCAAAGUGUGGAUUAUAGUAUCUGAUGAGUUUGAUGUUCUUGACUUAACAAAAAGAAUUCCCAAAGAGAUCAAUCCGCCAACAUCCUCUAUCGAUAUCGAGGAGCUAUACAGCUUUCAGCUCGAACUGAAAAAGGUUUUGAAAGACAAAAAGUUUCUCUUGGUCCUUGAUGAUGUUUGGAACAGGAAUUAUGACCGCUGGAAUGCAUUGAGGACUUCGCUUUAA